GAGUACAGGUCCGACUGUUCAGCGCCUUACUGUAUCGCGCCAUGCUGGGAAGAGUGCAUCUGAACCUCACAUGUCUGGGCCUUCUCGUCCUCGUGUCUUUGUUGGUCGUUGCGCUCUUAAACGACAGUAUCAUCCAUAACAUAUCGUUUUCCACGCUUUCGGGACAGAGGUCCAGUCCUGGCCAUGCUGCAUCAAAGCCCAUGCUGCCUUACUUGUACGAUCAGCAGAAACGAAAAGCACUUGACAUCAUGAACACGUCGAUGUUUACAUUCAACCAAGCAUUUAAAAAUCCAUGCUGGUGGGAAACAUCACUUGAUGAGAGCAACUGUGUUGAUCUGAUGGAAGACGCACGGAAACCACUGCGACAAGCGCACAGAGACCUCAGGAGCAACAAGAGGAUCCUGCGAUGCCUGCCGUAUUUCCAGAUAGUGGGUCAGGCCAAAUGUGGAACAACUGAUCUCUUCAGUAAACUUCUCAUGCACCCACACGCAGUACCGACCAUGGUGAAGGAGACGCAGUGGGUUAGCCGCGUGCGAACAAACCAGUUUUGUUCUCCCGUCAACACGUACGUGAACUACUUUCAAAAGAGUGCCAAUAGUAUCAGACAAGGAUUGCGGGAUAAAGCUAUAAUAGGGGAAGCUACUCCAAGCUAUUUGUCGAUUAAUCGAUUGUGGGACCUGUUGCCAGGCAACGAGGGGUGCACGGAGCCAUGUGUCACUAAUGCUGACAUUAUCCACCACCUGAAUCCAAACACGAAGAUCAUCAUAAUUCUCCGCAAUCCCACUGACAGACUUUACUCCUACUACUUCCACGUGGAGCGAAUAAGUAAAGAAAGGGCGUAUAAGGGGGAGUUCCACCAGCUGGUGAUGCGGGAGGUGGCAGAGUACCAGGACUGUCUCAAAACCAACACGCCCCGGAGAUGCGCUUACAACUACACGUCUUCAUCUGUACCUACGAAAAAGAUCGACCUCAGAAGAGGAUUAUAUUCCAUAUUUGUCACAGACUGGAUGAAAGUAUACCCCUCGGAGCAGAUGCUCAUCCUCAGAUUCGAAGACUACAAAAACAAAGUAGAAGAACACCUCCAGCAGGUUUUCACUUUCCUCGACCUCAUGCCACUUUCCCAGAAGAAGAUUACAUCAAUAGCUAAUUCCGCAAUCCAAAAUAAACGUCAAGCAUCCAGUAGAAAGUUUGGUGACAUGUGGACGUCGACAAGGGAGGUUCUCGAUAGGUUCUACAAGCCAUAUAAUGAACAGUUGUCUGCUCUACUACAGAACGAGCGUUACCUAUGGCGUAAAACUGUGAACUGAAAGACUUUAGGUUAAACACUCUCAUAGAAAUCACGAGAAAUUACUUCACAUUCGUGGUAACUGAAAUAUUGAUUCUCGUAAACAAUUGCGCUUUACAAAUGCCAACUAUAUGGUGGUACCGGGGAUUACAGAGCACUUUAAUUAUCUACUGAAUACUGUCAUGUCAAAUGUGCCUCUUCUCAACUCAAAACAAUAUUGCCAAUAGUUUAUGUUUGUAUCAGAUUGCGAUACGUCUUUGUGGGCGUUAAAUCGCAAUAUUUCUAGUAUUUCAAGAUCAGCUAUGAUAAAAGUGCCUGGUAUGAAUCAUUCUUAUUUCUGACGCCUUUUCAUUUUUUAUACUAUCUACAUGCUUGAACACUUACCUAACAAUAGAAGGUAUUAAUUUCCUUGAUGCAAAUGCAAUACUGAAGGAGUCCGGGCUAUCGACUGAAUCCACCACGUGUUCAUGCAUACUAGGAAAACGCCUGCAUGCAUUGAAUCCCGUUGCAACAUCAUGGGAAGAGGGUAGGGCAUGUUUGAGUCCACUAGGUACACGGGCCGAGUAAAUACUGAAUCCCCAACUUGUAUACAGGGGAUGGAGUAAACAUGAUACAUAUAUUGAAUGCCUCAGGUGCAAUUGCAAAAUCGGAAGAGGGUUGCGAUCACAUACCAUGAAUAAGGCACUCGGGAAUAACUAAAGAACUGUUUUUAGAUAUAAAGUGUUUUACAAUAACCGAAACAGUUACAUUACAUACGGUGAUAUUACUAUUGUGAUAUAGCAGCCUUGAUGACACCUGAAAAGAUAUAAACAUGUCAGUUAUUGAAAUAUGACCCAUAAUAUCGGGAUCAUAUCGGGAACAUAUCGGGGUCACAUCGGGAUCACAACUCUUGAUAUUGAUACUGUCGAAACAGGCCAACAUUGAUGUCGUGUUCAAGAGAAGUCACAACAUUCAGAACACAAUAAAAGCCACAGGAAACCUACCAUCCAGCCACAAGCUGGGACCAUCAGGAUCAGUGUACCACAUUCCGUGCAAUUGUGGACAGCCUUAUAUUGGCGAAACAUCUUGGCCCCUCAAAACCCGAAUUAUAGAAUAUCAAAGCUCAGUCUCCAAAGAUGACACUAAGUCAGCGUUAUCAGACCACAUCCGUGACAACCCAAGCCACAGCAUCCAGUGGGACAAAUUCAAAACCCUCACCACCAACCUCAAAGACUUCAAAAUCCGAAAACUACAAGAAGCCAUCGACAUCAAAAGACUCCAAUCAUCAACCAUCAUCAAUGUAAGCUAUUACAUACCCCAGGCGCACC